CUGGUGGAAGAGAUGAAUAAAAUCCCACCCACUCGAGCAUCCUCAGCAUCACCGACACCGGAUUGAGGAAACUGACGCGCCGGUUUUAAAGCGCGCCAGCGUGCUCCGCUCGAGCCUUAUUCCCGCUUCCAACCUCGUGCAGCCAUGAAGCAGCAGCAGCAGCAUCUUCAUCAUCUUCCUCACCAUCCCCUCCAUCUUCUUCUUCCCCCUCCUCAUCAUCUGUUGCUCCUGGCCGUGCUGGUCGUGCUGGAGCCGCGGGAGCUGGCGGCGUGGGGCGCGAGCGUGAAGUACGCAGUGAACUGCCCGGAGCGGUGCGACCCCGCGCGCUGCGGCGUGACCCGCUGCGCGCGCACCGUGCUGGACGACUGCGGCUGCUGCCGCGUGUGCGCCGCGCGCCGUGGUGAGCACUGCUACCGAACCGUGUCUGGGGCGCACGGCGUCAAGUGCGGCCCGGGCCUCUACUGCGACUUCUACAAGGACGAGGACGAGUACGGGGACGAGUACGGCAUGUGCAGAGACUGCACGUUCGGGACGUAUGGAGUCGAGUGUCGUCAAACCUGUAACUGUAAAGCCGGGGGACUGUGUGACAGAGAGACGGGCGUCUGUCUCACCUUCAAAUUCUUCUCUAAAAUGGCCAAUGCACUCAAGAUACACGAGGGUAACGAGGUGGCGUCAGGUGACGGCAACAACAACAACAACAACAACAACAGCAACAGCAACAGCAAUGCUGGAGACGGACACACGGAGCGAUCAUCCACUCCGAAAUGGCUGGCCCCUCGCUGACACACCCUCGCCCCGCCCCACCUCGCCUCGCCUCGCCUCGCCUCGAACAGUCCGCAUGUAGCAUAGUAACUUAAAGAAAUGACAAAGGGAUAUAUUUUAAUAUGUUUUAAAAAAUAUCUAUUAAUAUUCUAUCAAAGCUUUUCGUUUUUUUACUCUAUUAUCUAAUGACAGGAUUUAACUCCGCUGUUCUGUGGCUCGGACAGUGCAUACGUCCACCACAGGGCUGUCCGGCUCACCGUUCUGAUUGGUCAGGAGAUUUGUUUCCUCUAACAGCACAGUGUUUAUCCAUCUCUCCGGAAUCUCACGAUUUCUCGAUCACAGAAAUGAACGUAAAAUUGAGCAGAUUUGUUCCGAGACGCGUUACGUGAUGUCAACUACACGUGUUCAGCAGAAUUCCUCUAACGCUCACAUGUGGAAGAGAGAGUCAUGACACGUGUCCUCAGUGGGAGGAGACUAAAGAAAAAUCCUGAGCUGACCUGUGAUUUAACAAAUCUAUAAGUUUUCAAUCAAAAAAACCCCCAAAAACCAAACAAACAACAAAACUGAAAUUCUAGAGGGAGAAGCUGUCUAAUUCUAUUCUAUUCUCUUCUACUCUAUUCUAGUCUCUAUACUAUUCUAUUUUAUUCUCUAUUCUAUUAUAUUCUCUCUUCUCUUCUCUUCUCUUCUCUUCUCUUCUCUUCUCUUCUCUUCUCUUCUCUUCUCUUCUCUUCUCUUCUACUGUAUUCUACUCUACUCUAUUCUCUACUUUACUCUAUUCUAUACUAUUCUUUUCUAUUCUUUAUUCUAUUCUACUCUACCCUACUCUAUUCUUUUCUAUCAUAUUAUACUCUACGCUAUCGUUUCUAUGGUAACGGCUCACUGACUGAACUGGUACAUGAAUAACUGUUGGUAUGGUGAAGCUCGUCUCCUUGUGAAGGAGGUGUUUGUGGUUUGUUCAGCAGGUGUGGGAGGAGUCUCCAGUGUCAGUGCUGUCUAACCCUCAGAGCUGAAGCUGGAACUGUUCUGAACUCUGACAUGAAGAGUAUUAAUGUACCAAAGUUCACUGUUUUUCUGCUCUAAGGCACUAAACAUCAGCGACGUAAUAGAUAGAUAGAUAGAUAGAUAGAUAGAUAGAUAGAUAGAUAGAUAGAUAGACAGACAGACAUACAGAUAGAUAAAUAGAUGAAAGAUAGGUAAGAAUUUUUUUUUUCGAGUAUUUCGGAGUCGGACAGAGCACAAGGGUUAAAUCCAAGUCAUUGUUUUAUACCAAAGCGUGCACAUUUACUUACAGACGCAUGGACACGUGGAAACACACACACACACACACACACAUAAGUAUACACACGAAUGAAAAAUAAAAGCUUGUUGAUCAGUUAAGAGAAGUUUGAGGUCUGACGUUUGAUUUUUUUCAGUUUUUCACCAUGGUUUCCGAUGCUAAUGUAGCUAGCCAGUAGCUUUUAUCUAGUUUAGCAUCGUAAUAUGCUAAAUCAACAUAUUUCUUUCAUUUCGGUCGUUUCGGAUGCUGCAUUAUUUGUCAACAUGGAAAAAUAAAAAACAAUAAAAGAUCGUAGAAGAAGAGAAAAGAGGGCGUGGCCUAACAGGUAGAACUGAACUGAUUCAGAUGAUAAUAAAGUUCUCAUUUUAUCUGGAUGUCGUAGCACCUGGUCACGGUUUUAUCCUAGAAUCCUAGGAGCUUCAUGAGGAGCUCAUGAACCCAUCUUAGCUGAUCAACGACUUUUACGCGAAAAGAGACCUUUAUUUUUUUGAUGAUGUUUAUGUAAUCAUAAAGUAUAGCGUAUACACGUAUUUACUAAAGCAGCAUAUUUACAUGUUUACAUCUCAGCCUCCAUCUGUGAGUCUUUUCUUCUUUUUUAUUUGAAACCUCUGACCUUCCUGUCACUUCCAGGUAUAACACACCGCAUGUGUCUUCUGUUGCGUUGUAUUGUUUGAGCUUUGGUGCUAAAUUCAACAAGAAAAAUAAAAAAAUAAAGAAAGUUAAAGGAA